CUUCAGCACAGUAGGUGGCGGAAUGACGCUUUAACGUCUGUUUGCGGACCGCCAUUUUGUCGAAGUCGGAGAAGAAGUCUGACACCGUAAACAUUGCGUCAGGAGGCCGGAGAAGGGACCGUCUGGUUUCCAAGGAGGAUCAGAGAGUGACAGGGGUUUCAGCAGGAUCAGGCAGCCAGGGAAGACCAGUCUGUGACAGAGGUAGUGGAUGAGGUGGCAGCAGAACACAGGGUGAUGGUGUAGCACUGGGUGACGGGCUGCCAGGGUGAGGAGGACAGGUGCGGUGCUAGCUGAGUGGAGGGGCGUGGUGUGGGAUGUGGCGCUGGACGACCCACUUGGACGGAGGGCCGCGGAGGGUGAACCAUGCUGCCGUCUCCAUGGGACACAAGGUGUACUCCUUCGGAGGGUACUGCUCUGGAGACGACUAUGAGACGCUGAGACAGAUAGAUGUACAUGUCUUCAACACAGUUUCUCUGCGGUGGAUGAAGUUGCCUCCAGUGAGAACAGGUGGUAGGGAACAUGCCAGGGAUGUCCCCUACAUGCGUUACGGUCACACAGCCGUGCUGCUGGACGAUACCAUCUACAUCUGGGGGGGUCGUAACGACACGGAGGGGGCCUGCAACGUCCUCUAUGCCUUCCACGUCAACAAUCACCGGUGGUUCACCCCUAAGAUAUCUGGGACGGUUCCGGGAGCGAGAGACGGCCACUCAGCCUGCAUCCUGGGGAAGGCCAUGUACAUCUUUGGAGGGUAUGAGCAGCUGGCUGACUGCUUCUCUAAUGACAUUCAUAAGCUGGACACUACCACCAUGGCCUGGUCACUAGUCAACGCAAGGGGUACUCCAGCUCGUUGGAGGGACUUCCACUCUGCCACCAUCAUUGGCACUAAGAUGUUUGUGUUUGGAGGCAGAGCAGAUCGCUUCGGUCCGUUCCACUCUAGUAAUGAGAUCUACUGCAACAAGAUAAAGGUGUUUGAUACAGAGACCAACAGCUGGCUGAACACUGCUACUGCUCAGCUCCCACCAGAGGGACGACGUAGCCACUCAGCCUUUUCCUACAACGGGGAGCUGUAUAUAUUUGGGGGCUAUAACGCUCGUCUGGACCGACACUUCAAUGACCUCUGGAAGUUCAACCCAGAGGCGUUCUCAUGGAAGAAGGUGGAGCCUCAGGGUAAAGGUCCGUGCCCCAGGAGGAGACAGUGCUGCUGCUUGGUGGGAGAUCGUAUCAUCCUGUUUGGAGGAACCAGUCUGGUGAAUGUCCAGCUAUCUCCAGUCUGGUGAAUGUCUAGCUACCUCCAGUCUGGUGAAUGUCCAGCUACCUCCAGUCUGGUGAAUGUCCAGCUACCUCCAGUCUGGUGUGGGUCUAGCUACCUCCUGUCUGGUGAAUGUCCAGCUACCUCCAGUCUGGCAAAAUGUCUUGCUACCUCCAGUCUGGUGUGGGUCCAGCUACCUCCAGUCUGGUGAAUGUCCAGCUACCUCCAGUCUGGUGUGGGUCUAGCUACCUCCAGUCUGGUGAAUGUCCAGCUACCUCCAGUCUGGUGAAUGUCCAGCUACCUCCAGUCUGGUGAAUGUCCAGCUACCUCCAGUCUGGUGUGGGUCUAGCUACCUCCAGUCUGGUGAAUGUCCAGCUACCUCCAGUCUGGUGUGGGUCUUGAAGCCAGUUAAUGAUUCACUGGUACAGGCAGCACCUGCUGGACCCAUGUAGUGUCAGUACACUGUGGCUCUCACUUUUGUCUGUGUGUCUGUCUGAAGUUGGGGACCGGACAUCUUCAGAUGGACAAGGUGUAAACCGGAACGUGACAGCUUGGCAUGCUGCGAGCUGGGCCUGGCCCAAUCAGACGCCUUAACUUGUUUUGUGUGUAUAUAUUAGGGAUGUUGCUGCUGGCUAACAGGCCUUCAUUAACCAGUGAACAAACAGUAAAAUGACGUGUCCAACAGAAUAUACUCUGCAUGCAUACAAGGAACAUAUUCAAAUAUACACUAUCGUCAUACAAGGAACAGAUUCAUACAAGGAACAUAUUCAUAUAUAUACAUAUAAGGAACAGACAUUUUUCAUAAAGAGCUUAAUGGAAACGGGCUGGGUAUUGUUGCAUAUCGUCUUACAGUCAAGCAGCUGUCGCCUAUUAUUAGACAUGCAGCUCCUGUAAUGAAGCAGCUAAUUAAACGUAAUUUAAACAUGUCAAAUUGUCUGUAAAAGUCUGUUGG